AUAAAAACACAAGGGCGCUGAUGGAGCGUGUGCUGGAGAGGAGCGUCAGAGCGGGACAGUGAGAGAGGAGAUGUCCCGCUGCAGUCUGAGGGCCCGUCUGGCUCCGUGUCUCUCCAGACAGGUCAGAGCUGCUCACACGGGACAGGUCCCUGUCGUCAGACAGGACAACUCUGCCGUACGAGCCUUCAGUGAGAUUCCCGGACAAUGGAAGAACAGCGUGGCCAAUCUCUACACGUUCUGGAGGAUGGACGGCCUCAGGAAUAUCCACCGGAUCAUGCUGCACAAUUUCAAUAUGUAUGGUCCUAUUUACAGGGAAAAGGUUGGGUACUAUGAGAGUGUGAACAUCAUCAAGCCGGAAGACGCUGCUGUUCUGUUCAAAGCUGAGGGUCAUUAUCCCAAGAGACUCAGGGUGGAAGCGUGGACCUCCUACAGAGACUACAGGAACCGCAAAUAUGGCGUCCUGCUCAAAGACGGAGAGGACUGGAAAUCCAACAGGAUCGUUCUGAACAAGGAAGUGAUUUCUCCAAAGGUGCAGGGGAACUUUGUGCCUCUGCUGGAUGAGGUCGGUCAGGACUUUGUGGCGCGUGUCUAUAAGAAGAUCGAGAGGACCGGACAGAACGAAUGGACCACAGAUCUGUCCCAUGAGCUCUUCAAGUACGCACUGGAAUCGGUGAGUCAUGUGCUGUACGGCGAGCGUUUGGGUCUGCUGUUGGACUACAUUGAUCCUGACGCCCAGCACUUCAUUGACUGCAUCACACAGAUGUUUAAGACCACCUCGCCCAUGCUGUACCUCCCGCCGGCCCUGCUCCGCCACACAGGGGCCAAAGUCUGGAAGGACCACGUGGAGGCUUGGGACGGCAUCUUUAACCAGGCCGACCGAUGCAUCCAGAGCAUCUACAGACAGCUGAGGAAAACUCCAGAUGGUGAUCAGAAGUACCCUGGUGUGCUGGCCAGCCUCCUAAUGCUGGACAAACUGUCCAUCGAAGACAUAAAGGCCAGCAUCACGGAGCUGAUGGCAGGCGGCGUGGACACGACGUCUAUCACACUGUUGUGGACGCUCUAUGAAUUGGCGCGACAUCCGGACCUGCAGGAGGAGAUCCGGGCCGAAAUCUCAGCCGCGCGUAUCGCCUCUGAAGGAGACGUGGUGCAGAUGCUCAAGAUGGUUCCUCUCCUUAAAGGAACCUUGAAGGAAACUCUGAGGUUACAUCCUGUAGCAGUGAGUCUACAAAGAUACAUCACUGAAGACAUCGUCCUUCAAAAUUAUCACAUUCCAGCUGGGACCUUAGUUCAGCUGGGUCUCUACGCUAUGGGUCGGGAUCACCGGAUCUUCCCGCAUCCGGAGCAGUACCGUCCCUCUCGCUGGGUCCAGUCCCAGAGCCACUACUUCAGGAGCCUGAGCUUCGGCUUCGGCCCACGCCAGUGUCUGGGCCGCAGGAUCGCCGAGACCGAGAUGCAGCUCUUCCUUAUUCAUAUGCUGGAGAACUUCAGGUUUGAGAAGCAGAGGCAGGUGGAGGUCAGGAGCACGUUUGAGCUCAUCCUGCUGCCCGAGAAGCCCAUCAUGCUCACCAUCAAACCGCUGAUCGCCAGCCGAUAGCAGAGCUGCAAACAGGAAAUGAUGUCAAAGACAGAAUUAUGAGAAAGUUCAAAUAUUUUGUGACUCGAAA